UUGCUAUUAGCUACAUUUCUGGCUACAACUUUUCAUUGUUUUUUGGAUCAUGGAAAUUAUUUUGAAGUUGGGAAAUGUCAUGAUCCAAAACUCCCAACUUUAAUCGUACAUCAUACAACAGAGAUUUCUGUGCUCAUUCUGCAUAUUUUAGUGAACUUAAGUGAGCUAGAGAUUUGUUUUUUUUUUCAGAAAUAUUAGUAUUUUUCUAGAUCGUUUAUCAAUUAUGAUUCGCCCUCAAAAUUCUGAAAAUCAUCAAAUCGGGUCUCUAUUUAUAACUAUAAUUGGUCUAAUUAUUUCUGUCAUUUAUGUUUACUCACUUCAAACACCUGGAUCAGAAGUUUAUGCAUUUAUUACAAUUGUUUCUCUAAACUUUCUGAACCUUUUCCUGGAAAUCAAACUGAAUAAUCUAUCCAAAAAAGUGUUUCAACGAACUCGGGGAAAAAUAAAUUUAAAUGGAAGAUUUGAAUUAUAUUCAUCGAAAAAAAUUAUCAAAUCAUUUAUGUUUGCAAGUAUCACUGGAAUAAUUGUGAAAUUUCUGGUGUUUACCUUUGCAUUUUUGCAUAUGCAAAACUUUUUGGCAUUUGAAAAUGAACAAUAUUAUUUGCUUUUGAAUUUGGUGAGUUUGAUAGAUUUAUAAUAUAUUUAAGACAAGCCUAUUUUUUUCAGUUUUGGAACUUUGACGCCUCAUUUUUCCCAUGGUUUUUCUUUCUCCGGAAUUCGAAAAUUCGCAGAUUUCUAGGAUUUUCCACGGAAAAACCGACAACAAUAUUUUCAGUUGAAAAUCAGAAUGAUCAUUUCGAAAAUUUAAAAAUGUCUUGGAUGAAGUGAAAAAAUUCCCAAUAACAAAAAUCUGUUUUUUUUUGUCUCAUUUUGGUGUACUCUCAUUAUUCAGUGUCUCAUUUUCCAACACACAUUGUGACAGGAAAAAAACAAGGAAAAGAGGAUGUCCUUAAACUGAGCAACGAGCAUUUUCAUCAAUUAUGAGCCAUAUUUUAUUGUGCUCGUGGGUGUUUUUAUUCAUUUUUUUGUGAUUUGGUGAAAAACCUAUUAGUAUGUAGAAGUAGAAAAUAGGAAAUUAGAUUUUUCUGUAGAAAAAAACAAUUUAUAGUUUUCUGGUCUGGAUCAAGUUUUGUUUUAUUUUUUUUUAAUAAAAAAUGAUGUGGCUUUUUCGUUGAAAAAUGUUAUUAUUUUGACUUGCAAAGACAAAAUGAACUUUAUGUUUUCAAAACAAAAACAUAUUAUUCUAAUUUUGAAUGUAACAUCUAAAUACUUCUAAAUUUUUUUCAGAUGAUAUUUUUCAUGGAAUCUUCUAACACAACAAUCUACAUUCCACUCUUAAUUCUGAAAAUCAAAAAAUCACUGAUUUUCAUCGAAUUUUUAUCCACAACUCUGGUACUUUCUCUAACUUUUCUAACCCUGUUUCUAAUUCUGAAAAUUCGAGUUUUCCAUCGGAAUCUCACCAUUUUCUUGGGAAUUUUGAUCAUUCUCUGGUUUGAAUCACUUCUGGCUAAACUUCUACUGAAUCCAUUUAUCAAUGAAGAUUCGAAAUUGCCAAAUAUCACUUUGAAAAUGAAUAAAAUCUAUACGGAAAAUUUCGAGGAAAUGGUGAAAAUUCACGAUUUUUCGGCAUAUUUUCAAUUAUUUUUGGGCGGAUUUUUGAAUUGGCAUUAUAUGAUUUCUAUGAUGAUGAUUUUGUGGGGAUUUUCGAUGGAAAGAGCUGCCGCUUGUUGGUUUAUACAGUUAGGUUGUUUUUAAAAUGUUCAAUAGAGCGCAUUAGCCUCCCUCUACUUUUCUCACACAAAAUUCAAAAAUCUUUUAGCGACUAUGAAAAACGAAAAUACACGCACAUAUUCAUUCUAAUCAUCGUGAUCUACAAAUCUACAGUACUCCUAACUACAGUAAUAUUCUUCUUCAAUCAAGUAUCUUUCAAAUGGACCAUUAUAAUUUGCGCAAUCCCAAAUUUCAUCGCCUCAAUGGUAAACACAAAAACAAAACGUUCUUCUAAAUAUCUGAAUUUUUCAGACAUUUCUCUUCAUCUUCAAGUACAACACAAAAAUUCUGAAGAAAUUCGGAAAACCAAAAACCAAAUAUACUUUGGCUAUUCGAUUUCAGGCAAAGGAAAAUUUGAGGGUAUUUAAGGUAACUCCAAAAUUUUUUGUUAAAAAGGCAAAUAUUUGUUCAGCUAGUUUUUCGGGUGAUUUUUUGCGCCACAAUGUUAUGUGGGAUAAAUCUGAUUUUCAUUCCGCUGAUAGUUUUUGAAAUUUUCCCGGCGUUUCGAGAAUUAUUUCUAUUUUGGGUGGAGUGUGUAAUUCAUUUGUGAGUUUUUUUGCCUUAAAUUUUGACUGGAUUUACAAUCAUUUCAGAAAUCCUCUGCUCAUAAUUCCUUUGCUGAUUUAUAGUAUUGAUCGAUGGAAUUUAUGGGUUCGCCUUCAUAUUUUCGGACAAAAAAUCGAUAAUUUCCCAGUCGAAAAAUCGAGAAUUAAUGUAAAUUUGGAGAGUGAUGUUUAUUUUCAGAGAUUACGCAAUUCUUGGACAUGAAAAUUAUUGUUAGAAGAUUUUUGUUGUCUUUGAAAAAUAUUAUUGAAUAAGUGUAACUAUUUUGCUAUUCAGUAGGUACAAAAUACUUCCUCUCUACCUAAUUUGUUGAUAAAAGUAUACACAUUUUUAUCAACCAAAGAUAAUUGUGAGAACUUUUUUAUAAAAUGUUUAUUUUUAGUUUCUUUUCAUUUCCUCCUUAAACUUUACAAAUACAAAAUGCAAGAAAAUGUUCUUGUUGGAAUUUUGACUUGUUCCAACUGUCUAAUCGGACUAAUUCUACAAUUUCUAGUAGUUUUCGGAUGCUUGAAAAUUCCAGCAAUGCGAACUUAUUUUGGCUAUUUAGUAAUUCAUGCGUGCUCUUUGGAAAUCUUGGCGGGCGCCUUGAAUUUCAUAUUUUUCCUCUUUGGAAUGAUCCUCGAAAUGCCUUGGAUCCUUGAAAAAUCCUAUAUUUUCGGCACAAUUCUCUCAAUUUUCUUACCAAUUAUUAUAUUUUCUAACGUACUUCUAGCUCUCAAUCGCCUAUUCUCAAUUUUAUUCCCUUUUCAGUAUUCGAAAAUUUUCUGAAACUUUUAUUUUUUCAUAAUUUUCGGAUGGAUUUCGUUUUUAGUUCCUGAAUUUCACGCAGUUUUCCUAAAUGAUUGUCGCUAUGACUUUUCAUAUCUUGGAUGGAUUUUCAGCUUCUCGCCGACUGAAAAAUGCGCAAAUUUUCUGUUAUAUUUUGUGGUUUUCACCCAGCAAACAAUGGCAUCUAUAUAUUUGGUGACAGAUGUUGUAACCUUAAUCCUUCUUAUUUUUUAUCAUAACAAAACUUCGUCUAAUUCCUCAAAUCACAAUCGAGACACAAAAUUUGCAAUUCAAGUUUUGCUCCAAGGUUUAACAAUUGUGCUCAUUCGAUUUUGGUAUAGUUUUGGUUAUCUCGUUUUGCCCCGAAAAAUAAGCUUGGAUUGGCGCAUUUUUUGGACUUCGACAUUUUCCGGAAACUUAAUUCAUAUUAUGAAUCCGAUUAUCAUUAUUUUGGUCAACACUGAUUUUCGGAAAUGGAUUUUUUCUCGAAAACAAAAACAGGCUACAGAAACUCGAAAUAUGUCUACUUUGUUUUGAGGAUAAAUAAAUAUUUUUCGUUUUUUUCGGAAAUUUGGAGCUAUAAGCAAAAAAUCAGAGAUUUACAACAAAACCUAAUUUUUUUGACUAAAAAAAAAUAAAAACGUGUUCCAUUUUUUUCCAACAAUCUUUUUUUUCUAUUAUUUUUGCCACCUUAUUUCUGAGAAUGCUGAAUCUAGAAACAAAUCCAACAACAAAACAAAUUAGUUUCAAAAAAUGGAUGAUAUCAUCAACUAUCUUUCUAGCUAGUGUAUUUCUAUUGUAUGCAAAAACUCAAGGCUGGGUUCAAAAAUCAGAAUUUCAAGAUCAGACAAAUAUUUGCCGAUCUGAAGAAUGUCGAAUUCUUGGGAGAAGAAUGGUAAGCUUAGGCAGAUGAAAAAUUCACCAAGACUUUCUAAAUUUCAGAAAUCCCUGAUGAACCCAAAAAUCGAUCCUUGCGAUGAUUUUUUCGAAUCAGUUUGUGGAAAUUAUCCGAAUAAUAAUACAAUGUUCGAAUCUUGGAAUCAUUUUGAAGAUGACAUGGUGGAUUUUGAUAAAGUAUUUAUGAAAUAUGAACCUGUCACGAAAUCUGAGAAAAUAGCCAAGAAACUUUUCGAAAAAUGUAUGCGAAACACCAAAUAUCGAAAUCGAAUUGAUAUGAGUUUUUGGGACGAUUUAGAAAAGCACAGUUUAACUGAUGUUUUGAUUGAAGCUACCAAAACUAAUCCGAUUGAGACUGGAUUUUUGAAAAAUUUCGUGUAUACUGUGAAUGUUGGCGGAAUGCGACUAACUUUAAUGGUUUCAAAUGGUGUUGAGAAGAAUUCAAGUUUGGAAAGUAUUACGAAUAAGAUAUUUGAAGAAAAUGAUUCUUUGAAAACGCCAGAUUAUAUUCGAUGGGAUCUUACAACAAAACAAAUACAUUUCAUUGAUCUUAAGAAAUAUUUCAGUGAAUUAGUUCCACUCGAAAAUCGCAACGAAAAUAAAGACACAGAAUAUUAUGUUGAUGUCAAUUCAUUAUUAGUUCUUCAAAAAGUUGUUGAAAUAGUUGGAGAGAAAACUGUCAAAGAAGUUUUGCGUGAUAAAUUUUUGUCAACAAUGAAAUCGCAUCUAGUCGAACCAGAUUUUCUACCAUGUAUGGAUAAGACAACUCAAUUAUUUCCUGGAACUCUUGCCAAGAUUUUCGUGAAUAAACUUGUUGGAAAACGGAAUUAUGAGAGAGGAUAUCGAUUGUUUUCUGAACUUCAACAGGUUUUUAUUGAGAUGUUGGAUGAAAAUGAAUGGUUGGAUAAGCAAAUGAAAGAAGUUUUGAAGAAAGAAGUUUUAGAGAUGAAAACAUCGAUUGGAAUUCCAGAUGAGCAUAAAGAUCAGCAAAAUGUUGAUAGAAUGUAUUCACAAAUCGGAAAUUUCGAAAAUCAAUCAUAUUUGGAACUGAUUCGAAAUUUAUUGAAAAUGAAUAGCGAGGAAACAUUUCUAAGAGUCGCCAGAAAAGAAAAAAUGACAUUUUUCGGUGGAACUUUGCAAUUUAACGCAAAUUAUCAAGGAUUAUCCCAUAGAACUUGUAAGUUUCAAUGAAACCCAAAAUAUCAGAGAUAAGAAUAUUUCAGCCAUAUCUCCAAUUUUCCUCAAUUUCCCAUAUAUCGAUGAAAAUUUGCCAGAAUGGAACAUUUUUGCAUCAUUGGGUUAUGUUUUGGGACAUGAAAUUGGGCAUUCUUUUGAUUCUCAAAACUUUUUCGAUAAUUCGUCGCUCGAAAAAAUCAAAAUGUCAACAAAAUUGAAAGAGAUUUUCAACGAAAGAAUCAAAUGUGUUAUUCAAAAAUACAACAAGUUCCAAUUUCCAGAUGGUACUUUUGUGAGUUCUAGAAAAUUUGUUGUAUUUUUUUCAUAAAAUCAUUUUUAGUCUGAUGGAACUUUUACACAACAAGAGGAUUCUGCAGAUAUGAUUGGAUUUAAUUUAGCCUAUAGAUUAUUCAAGAAAUUGAAUAAUAACGAAAAACUGCCAAGUCUUGAAAAAUAUACUGUUGAACAACAAUAUUUUCAAAGAUUAGGAUAUGUGAGUUUUUCAGAAAAUAUGUUGAAUAAUUAAAGAUCAAUUAAUUUCAGGUUUGGUGCAAGGGAGAUAUGGAUAAGGAAUAUAUUGACGAAAGAAAAAAAGAUAUUCACAGUGCUUUGAAAUUUCGUGUCAAUGGAAUGAUGUCAAACUUCGAAGAGUUCGCAAAAGCCUUCAAUUGCCCGAAAAAUAGUCCGAUGAAUCCAGAAAAGAAAUGUCCACUUUUUAAAUAA